CCACUAAACACUAAAUAAAUUUGUUUCAGUUUCAAUUCAAUACUUUCAAUCACAUUGAUAAAUUUAACAGAAGAAGCAAUUUUCUUGUUUUAUACAACAGUAUUUUAGCGUCAUAUUUAAUUAUUAUUUAUUACAGUUCCUUAGAAUACUUAUAGUGAAGGCUAGAAAACAUGGAUAAUAAUAUAACCCAUAGGAGAAUUAGACGACGAGGUGAAUUACCUAUGCAAGACCCAAAGGUUUCCUCUACGUCCAAUGGGGAUCGUCCUUCUAUCCUACGAGCAGAAAUACCCAAUACCUACGUCUACCGCCUACCUAUUCCAAAUUCCGUUCCUGGCACGCACACUCCUGGUACAAGUGAUAUAUCUACAUCUAAAGCUUUAAUUUUAGUCUUGAUAAUUUUUACCUCUUCACUGUUGGCUUUGGGACUUCUAUAUAGACAAUUUCCGGAUUUAGAAAAAGAAGAAAGACAGCAUCUAAAAUUGCCAUGGGACCUUGAUGAUGCCAAGCAGCUCGGAUUGGUGUUGGAUCGCUACAAGGACAAGUACUUCUACGAAGUAAUGAGCGGUGUUUUUCUAAUUUACAUAUUCUUGCAAACUUUUGCAAUACCUGGGUCCAUAUUCCUCAGUAUUCUGUCCGGGUUCCUGUUCCCAUUCUACCUGGCUCUAGUCAUGGUGUGCUGCUGCUCUGCAAUUGGAGCCAGCCUCUGCUUCUUCCUGUCCAAUCUUCUCGGGAAAAAGCUGGUGAAGAAGUUCUUUCCAGAGAGAGCUGCGCAAUGGGCAAAAGCUGUUGAAAAGCACAAAAACAAUCUGCUCAACUACAUAAUAUUUUUGAGGGUGACACCCUUCUUACCCAACUGGUUCAUCAAUAUGACAGCACCCGUUAUAGGCGUGCCUCUAGUGCCAUUUGCUGUAGGAACAUUUAUUGGUGUUGCUCCUCCGUCUUUUGUAGCAAUUCAAGCUGGGCAGACUCUCCACACCCUCACAUCCACAAGUGAUGCCUGGUCUUGGACCUCCAUCACUGUCCUGAGUGUAUUUGCUCUAGUAUCACUUAUUCCAGUGCUACUCAAGAAUCGUCUACGAGAAAAGUUUGAAUAAACUUUAUAGAAAUGUGAUUAUAACAAAGAUGGGAUGAAUUGUGGUUUGUUGAUUUCAAUGGAACUUAGUGACAUACCAUUAGUUUUUUUAAUAGUACAGUUUAGCAAUUGUUUUUUGCACAUUCCUGGUUGAAUGUUACUUCCUAAACGGUAAAUAUUUUUAAAUAAUUUAUUUAGGAUGGCUGGUUUAAUUUAUAAAUGUUAAUAAAUGGACUUUCUUAUAA